AUGAAGCUAGACACCAAGUCCCUCCGAUACCUCAACCCUACCGACUGGCGCACCCUGACGGCCGUGGAGACGGGAAGCCGGAAUCAUGAAGUCGUCCCAACCCCACUUAUCGCCAACCUCUCUAAAUCCAGUCUGGGCGAUGUGCAACGGAGCAUCUCCUUGCUCGCCAAAGCGAAUCUUAUUGCAAAGGUCAAGAAUGCGAAAUACGAUGGCUAUAGACUGACCUACGGUGGGCUCGACUAUCUUGCGCUUCACUCCUUGCAAAAGAAUAACACAGUCUAUGGCGUGGGCAAUCAGAUUGGGGUCGGCAAAGAGAGUGACAUAUUCGUUGUCAGCGAUGAGAAGGGCGAACAACGGGUGCUGAAAAUUCAUCGUCUGGGUAGAGUGAGCUUCAAAAAAGGCGUGCGGAAUAAACGGGACUACGCCAAAACGAAGGCUCAGAAAGAGAGAGGUGCUGGCAGUUGGAUGUACAUGUCACGGCUGGCUGCUGUCAAAGAGUUUGCCUUUCUGCAAGCCCUGCACGAUGCGGGCCUGAGCGUCCCAACCCCACUAGGCCAGAAUCGACACCAGCUGGUCAUGUCAUUGAUUGAUGGGUUUCCACUGCGACAGAUUGAAAAGGUUCCAGACCCAGCAGGACUGUAUGCGGAGCUGAUCGAGAUGGUGGUGCGCUUAUGCUCUCUGGGGCUGAUACACGGCGAUUUCAAUGAGUUCAACAUCCUCAUCAAGGAAGAAGAGCAAGGCGAAGACAUCAAGCUGGUGCCGGUCUUGAUAGACUUUCCUCAGAUGGUCAGCGUGGAUCACCCAAACGCGGAGUUCUAUUUCGACAGGGAUGUGGAAUGCGUGAAACGGUUCUUUGCAAGGCGGUUUGGAUUUAUCAGCACGGAUAGUGGCCCUCUCUUCAAGGAUGCCAGACGCUUGGUUGGCAAGGAUGGUAACAGACGCCUUGAUAUCGAGGUCGAAGCCUCCGGGUUCUCCCGGAAGAUGGCCAAAGAACUCGAGGCCUACAUGAAAGAACACGGCGUGGACGGCGAUGCAAAAGGGGAUGAGACAAAGGAUGUUGACUCAAGCGGCUCCGAGGAUGAAGAGCACGAUAACAAUGAAGAUGCCGAUAGCGAAGAUCCUGCAGGCAACCAAGUCUCCGACACAGGUUGA